AUGGCAGGGAACUGUAUUACCAAACCUGAUUUGAUCUUUAAGUUGGAGCAUGGACUUGCACCAUGGAGUGUAAAUGAAGAUGUGAUUCAGAGUAUUCCAGAAUUAAAAAGUGAGCAGAAAAUGUACUGGAUAAAGACUGAUGAUGUAAAACAAUGCCAAAAUGCUUUGUAUCACAAGUUACAUCACAAUUGUCAUGAAGAAGAAAUCUCAGUCAUAUUUCACUGUGCACCAGAGACCUUACACAUUGGCAAGUCCUAUCAAUGUAAUGUAUGUGGGAGCACUUUCCUUGCAAAGUCAGAUCCUAAGAAAAAUCAGAAAAUUCAUAUAAGUGAGAAGACAUAUGAGUACACUGAAUGUGGUAAAGUCUUUAUCUUUCAGUCAGAUCCCACUGUGCAUCAGAGAACUCACACAGGUGAAAAAUCACACGAACCUACUACAUGUGGGAAGGCUGUCAUUAUCAAGUCAAUUCUUAAUAAGCAUCAGAGAGCUCCCACAGGUGAAAAGCCAUAUGAAUGUACUGCAUGUGGGAAACCUUUCAUCUCCACAUCACAGCUUACUAUCCAUCAGAGAACUCACACAGGUGAAAAGCCAUAUGAAUGUAAUGAAUGUGGUAAAGCUUUCACCUUCAAGUCAAAUCUCACUGUGCAUCAGAGAACUCACACAGGUGAAAAGCCAUAUGAAUGUCCUGCAUGUGAAAAAGCUUUCAUUACCAAAUCAGAUCUUAAUAAGCAUCAGAAAACUCACUCUGGUGCAAAGCCUUAUGAAUGUACUGUAUGUUGUAAAGCUUUCGUCUGCAAGUCACAGCUCAGUGUGCAUCAGAGAACUCACACAGGUGAAAAGCCAUAUGAAUGUAAUGAAUGUGGUGAAGCUUUCUUCUCCAAGUCACAUCUCACUGUGCAUCAGAGAACUCACACAGGUGAAAAGCCAUAUGAAUGUACUGCAUGUGAAAAAGCUUUCAUUACCAAAUAAGAUCUUAAUAAGCAUCAGAAAACUCACACUGGUGCAAAGACUUAUGAAUGUACUGUAUGUUGUAAAGCUUUCAUCUGCAAGUCACAGCUCACUGUGCAUCAGAGAACUCACACAGGUGAAAAGCCAUAUGAAUGUAAUGAAUGUGGUGAAGCUUUCAUCUUCAAGUCAGACCUCACUGUGCAUCAGAGAAUUCACACAGGUGAAAAGCCAUAUGAAUGUACUCUAUGUGGAAAAGCUUUUACCUGCACAUCAAAACUCAGUAUGCAUCGCAUAAUUCAUACAGUUGAAAAGCCUUAUGAAUGCAGUGCAUGUGGGAAAGGGUUUGUGUGCAAGUCAAAACUCACUGUGCAUCAGAGAACUCACACAGGUGAAAAACCAUAUGAAUGUACCCAAUGUAGGAAAGUUUUCAGCAUUAAGUCACAUCUCACUAUGCAUCAUAGAACUCACACAGGUGAAAAGUCGCAUGAUUGUAUUGAAUGUGGGAAGACAUUUAUUACCAAGGCUAAUCUUAAUAAACAUCAGAGAACUCACACAGGUUUCAUCUACAAGCCACAUCUCAAUGUACAUCAGAGAACUCACACAGGAGAGAAACCAUAUGAACAUAUAAAAACCUUUUAUAUCCCAGUCACAGGUCCCUAUGCAUUACAGCCCUCACAGUUAAGAGAAAUCGAAUUAAUGUGGGAAAACAUUCAUCUCCAAGUCAUCACUUACUACUUAUCAGAGACCUCAUAG